UCACAACUUUGCAUGCACUCCAGCCCUCACCAAAUACUUCUCUUGGCUUUUUCUGUCCCUCUCUUUCUCUUGCUCCAUAUUUUCCAACCUUAUUAAUUAAAACACUUAUUGGAAUGUCAAGUAAGAUAUUUCUUGCCCUUAUAAUAACAACCUUUGUGGUUGCAGCCUCUGCUGGUAACCUCAACCAAGACUUUGAGAUAACAUGGGGUGAUGGUCGUGCCAAAAUCCUCAACAACGGGAACCUUCUCACCUUGUCCCUAGACAAAACCUCUGGCUCUGGAUUUCGUUCUAGGAACGAGUAUUUGUUUGGAAAAAUUGACAUGCAACUUAAGCUCGUGCCUGGUAACUCUGCAGGAACAGUCACAGCUUAUUAUCUAUCUUCUCUCGGGGAUACUCAUGACGAAAUUGAUUUUGAAUUUCUGGGUAACUUGAGUGGUGAUCCUUAUAUUCUUCAUACAAACGUAUUCACACAAGGGAAAGGUAACAGGGAACAGCAAUUCUAUCUGUGGUUCGACCCCACCAAGGACUUCCACACAUAUUCCGUUCUUUGGAAUCCUCAGAGCAUCAUAUUCUCAGUGGAUGGGACACCCAUAAGGGAGUUCAAGAAUCUUGAAUCAAAAGGGGUUUCUUUUCCCAAAAACCAAGCUAUGAGGAUAUAUUCAAGCCUAUGGAAUGCUGAUGAUUGGGCCACAAGGGGAGGCCUAGUGAAGACUGAUUGGAGCCAAGCCCCAUUCACAGCCUCAUAUAGAAGCUUCAAUGCUCAAGCAUGUGUUUGGACUUCUUCAGGCUCAUCAUGCUCUUCCAACAAUCCAUCAUCAUCAAACCAAGCAUGGUUGAAACAGUCAUUGGAUGCAACAGGGCAAGCCAGAAUUAAGUGGGUGCAAAAGAACUACAUGAUUUACAACUACUGUGCUGAUACUAAGCGUUUCCCGCAAGGCCUUCCUCCAGAAUGCACACUCGCAUGAAAACAGAACCAUUUCAUAUUAUAAAACUCUCACAAUCCAUGAGUUCAAUUUUUUUCUCUGUCUUGUGUAAAUUAAUAAAAAUACUAUAGUCUAUAGGGUCCUUUGUUAUGCAUUCUAUUGUCUGUAAAAUAGCGUGCAAAUGAGAUUUGUUGUAAUUUUGGUUAUUAAUAAUUUUAUUGGAGAGUCAUAAAUUAAUAUAAAAAAUGUGGACGUCAGGUUGUGUUUGCUUCA